GCUGGGACUAAAGGCAUGCACUACCAUGCCUGGCUCUCAUUUGGGGCAGUGGAGGCUCAGGCUGAGGCUGAGAACGCUACCAAUGCCACCCAGGGCCAGCGGCGCCAGUGGCCCAGCUGUGACCGGCAGGACGAGAUGCUCAACCUGGGCUUCACCGUGGGCUCCUUCCUGCUGAGCGCCACCACCCUGCCCCUGGGCAUCCUCAUGGACCGUUUUGGCCCUCGGCCCCUGCGGAUGGUGGGCAGCACCUGCUUCGCAGCGUCCUGUGCCCUCAUGGCCGUGGCCACGCAGGACACCGAAGCCCUGUCCCCGCUCAUCUUCCUGGCGCUGUCCCUGAAUGGCUUCGCUGGCAUCUGCCUCACCUUCACAUCGCUCACACUGCCCAACAUGUUCGGGAACCUGCGCUCCACUUUCAUGGCCCUCAUGAUUGGCUCCUAUGCCUCCUCUGCCAUCACCUUCCCGGGGAUCAAGCUGGUCUAUGACGCUGGUGUGUCGUUCGUGGUCAUCAUGUCCACCUGGUCCGGCCUCGCCUGCCUGAUCUUCCUGAACUGUGCCCUCAACUGGCCCUGGGAACCCUUCCCUGCCCCCGAGGAGCUGGACUAUGCGCUGCAUGCGCAUUUUAAGAUGAAGCCCACGGGGCUGGCCCUGGACCACAAGCUCACAGGGGACCGCUUCUACAGCCACGAGGGCGCCGUGGGCCAGCGGCUGAGCCAGAAGGCGCCCAGCCUGGAGGAGGGCGCGGACGUCUUCCUACCCGUCCGGGAGCAGCCUGAGAAGUCCGUGCCCUUCCGCAAGAGCCUGCUCUCCCCGAUCUUCCUGUGGAGCCUGCUUACCAUGGGCGUCACGCAGCUGCGCGUCAUCUUCUACAUGGCGGCCAUGAACAAGAUGCUGGAGUUUCUGGUGACCAGGGGCCAGGCAGAGACCGGCGAGCUGCAGCAGAGGGCGGCGGAGACAGUCGGGUUCUACGCCUCGGUGUUCGGGGCCAUGCAGCUGCUCUGCCUGCUCACCUGCCCCCUCAUCGGCUACAUCAUGGACUGGCGCAUCAAGGACUGCGUGGACGCCCCGGUCGGACGCGCUGCCCACGGACACGCGAGGGACCCGGCAGCAGCCAAGUCCACCAAGCCUCGCGACUGCAAGGCCCAGAAGCUGAGCAAUGCCAUCAGCGCCUUCACCCUGACCAACCUGGUGCUUGUGGGCUUCGGGGUCACCUGCCUCAUCGACAGCCUGCACCUCCAGUUUGUUACCUUCGUACUGCACACCGUGGUCCGCGGGUUCUUCCACUCGGCCUGUGGAGGCCUCUACGCUGCUGUGUUCCCGUCCAGCCACUUCGGGACGCUCACCGGCCUGCAGUCGCUGGUCAGUGCCGUGGUCGCGCUGCUGCAGCAGCCGCUCUUCAUGGCCAUGGUGGGGCCCCUGUGUGGGGAGCCCUUCUGGGUGAACCUGGGCUUGCUGCUGUUCUCACUGCUGGGCUUCGGGCUGCCCGCCUACCUCUUCUGCUACAGCACUCGGGUGCACAGGGAGCUGGCAGCGGCCUGAGGUCCCGGCAGUGCCUGUGCUGCACAUGCGUGUGUGACAGGAUCGUGCUCAUGGGCGGCUGGGCUGGAGGAUGCCCUUCUCAUGCAGGAGGAGUGAAGACGCCGCCUGGCCAGCGAGAGCAGCCCCUGGAGCCUCCUACUUUGUCUUCAGACUACAAGCAAGCUGAGCUUUCUGUUACUGUGUUUACAUUUGCUUUUUGAAACAGGGUCUCGCUAUGUAGCCCUUGGCGACCCGCCUGCCUCAGCCUCCUUGAGUGCUGCGCCCCGGCUACGCUCACCCGGACUCCUGUAGACUUAGCGGCUGCUGUCCCUUCUGUCCCCGCGGUAGGGACGCGCGACGCGCAGUGUCCAGCAGGUGGCGCUGCGGGGCCCCGGGGACGAAGCCGGGCG